GGCCCAGGGCACAGCCCACCCGCCCGCUGCUCGCCGGAGCUGCCCAGCCGCCCCGCGACCACGGUGACGGCGGCUGGCCAGAGGCCCGCGGUGCCGGCGGCGAGGAGCAGUCGGGUUUGGCGGGUUCGGGUCCGUCGGAGCGCAGCGGAUCGUGCCCAGGGACCCCGGUCGCCCCAGCAGCUCCGCGCAGCGCCCGGGUGAGGAGGGGCAGGGGCCGGCGGGACCCGGAGGACCGCGUGGGCGCGCUGGGCUCCGGCGGCACAGCCGCGCGCGGGAGGCCGCGCCCCGGGAGCGGCGACCGACCGGCCGCGGUGAGCCCUGGGGCCGGUCCUGGGCUCACCGCCCGUCCGGCCUGAGAAGCAGCGCUGGGAUCGUUGCGGGGAGAUUAAGCUGAAACCACUGCUCAGCUCCCAAGAUGGUGCCACCCAAAUUGCAUGCGCUUUUCUGCCUCUGCAGCUGCCUUGCCCUGGUUCAUCCUUUUGACUGGCGAGAUCUAAAUCCUGUUGCCCAUGAUAAGUCCUCAGCAUGGAUCAAUAAAACACAAGCCUUGAUGGCUACAGCCAACUAUUGCCAAAGUCAAAUCCCCAAAGGAGAUGGGUCUUAUUCUGUUGGUUGUACCGACUUGAUGUUUGAUCACACUAAAGAGGGCACCUUCUUGCGCCUGUAUUAUCCAUCUCAAGAUGAUAAUCGCCUGGACACCCUCUGGAUCCCAAACAAAGAAUAUUUUAUGGGUCUCAGUAGAUUUCUUGGAACACAUCAGCUUAUGGGAAAAAUUUUGAACUUAUUAUUUGGUUCAAUGACAACUCCUGCGAACUGGAAUUCCCCUCUGAGGACUGGUGAAAAAUAUCCACUAAUUGUUUUUUCUCAUGGUCUUGGAGCAUUCAGGACAAUUUAUUCUGCAAUUGGCAUUGACCUGGCAUCUCACGGGUUUAUAGUUGCUACUGUAGAGCACAGAGACAGAUCUGCAUCUGCAACUUACUACUUCGAGGACCAGUUAGCUGCAGAAACAGGGAACAAGACUUGGCUCUACCUGCAAAUCCUAAGACGAGAGGAGGAUGAGCUCUCUGUACGAAAUCAGCAGGUACAUCAAAGAGCAAAGGAAUGUUCCAACGCUCUUGAUUUGAUUCUUGAUAUUGAUCAUGGAAAGCCAGUGAAGAAUGUAUUAGAUUUAGAGUUUGAUGUGGAACAGCUGAAGGGCGCCAUUGAUAGAGACAAAAUAGCAAUAAUUGGACAUUCUUUUGGUGGAGCAACAGUUAUCCAGGCUCUUAGUGAAGACCACAGAUUCAGGUGUGGCAUUGCCCUGGAUGCAUGGAUGUUUCCACUGGGUGAUGAAGUGUAUUCCAGAAUUCCUCAGCCCCUCUUUUUUAUCAACUCUGAACAGUUCCAAUAUCCUGCUAAUAUUGCAAAAAUGAAAAAAUUCUACUCACCAGAUAAAGAAAGAAAAAUGAUUACAAUCAAGGGUUCAGUCCAUCAGAAUUUUGCUGACUUCACUUUUGCAACUGGUAAAAUAUUUGGAUCCAUAUUUGCAUUAAAAGGAGAUAUAGAUUCAAAUGUAGCUAUUGAUCUUAGCAACAAAGCUUCAUUAGCAUUCUUACAAAAGCAUUUAGGACUUCAUAAAGAUUUUGAUCAGUGGGACUGUCUAAUUGAAGGAGCUAAUGCGAAUCUUAUUCCAGGGACCAACAUUGACACAAUCAAUCAACAUGACACCCUACAGAAUGCUACAGGAAUACAGGAACAGAAUUAGGAUUAAAGGGGUUUUUUAAAA